AGUUAAUGAAGGUGAAAAAUUGGAGUAAUUAGGAUUUGCACUUUGCAAGGAACCCCAAGUGAAUGGCUGAUAUUGUAACACACCAAACGACUGGAUUGUACAUGACCCCUAUCAUCUUCUUCAUCAUCUCUUUCCUCAGAAAUUCCACUGAAAAUUUAUAAACUUUUUCUGCCACUAAUUUAAUCCCAGUAUCAAACUCCAUGGCAGCAUCUCUUCAAUCUCUUACUUGUUCUUCUCCACUUUCCCACUGCUCCUCUCACAAAUCUUCCUCCAACCCAGGAAUUUGUGUAUUCUCUUUGGCUACUCCCCAGCGUGUACACUCUUCAUUCAAUGGACUUCAGUUGAGGUUUCGUCCAAUGAGAUGGGUAUCACAAAGGUCAUUUUCUGCACCGGUUGGUCAGAUAGUGAUGAUGGUUCAACCAAAAAUUCAGUUCAUCCAAGGCACCGAUGAACUUACAAUACCAGAUGUGAAAUUAACCAAAUCAAAGGAUGGGACUAAUGGUGCGGCUAUAUUUAGAUUUGAUCAGCCCUCUGUCUUUGACUCAUCAAAGGAAGUUGGUGAUAUAACUGGGUUUUACAUGAUCGACGAGGAAGGUGUUCUUUCUUCCACCAGUGUGAAUGCAAGGUUCGUGAAUGGGAAGCCAGCAGGGAUUGAAGCAAGGUACAUCAUGCGCACCCCCCGAGACUGGGACAGGUUCAUGAGAUUCAUGGAACGCUAUGCCAACGCUAACGGUUUGCAAUUCGUCAAAAGUUAAGGCAAUGUACAUCCUUUUUUUUUCUUCCCAUAAACCCGAUUUUAGCAUAAUUGUGUGAGUUGAGCAUAUCUCAAAAGCUUGAAUCUUUACAUUAAGAUAAAUGCUGCUUUGUUGGUGCUCCAAGUGUUUGAUUCUGUGUCUUCUCUGACCAUAUUUGUGAUUCUUUGAAUAGAUCUGAUAAGGCUGGGUGAGUGACAUGAUUAUUCUCUGUAGCUCUCUGUAAGGCAUGAAUUUUGAAAUAAUA